AUGCUGUCUAGAGUAGCCCAGGCUUCGCGCUUGGGCUUGAUGACAGCUCGUCUGUCACGGCCCGUCGCAUCUCCCUCUCUCCGAGCUCUUCCCGCCGCCGCUCCUCAAUUUGCCUCGCCGUGGCUCCGAACAUACGCCAAGAAGUCCUCCUCUCAACAAAACAAAGAUUCGAAACAGAAGCCUUCCCAGGCGCAAAACGAUGCUGAAAAUGUCGAGAAGCCUGCUGAGAAUGACAUCGACAAGGCGGGCGAGAAGUCUACCGAGGCUCCGAAGGAGGGGGAGCAAAUACCUUUCCACAAGCUACCCGAUCUGACACAGGGUAUUCCUUCGACGCUGUUUGAGGAGAUGGGCGGUGAUAAGAAGAAGGAGCAGAAGGAACUGCAGGAGAUGGAGGAGGCUGAGUCGAGUGGUGGACCAUUCAUGCUUAUCACGGCUGCUGCCGGUGGUACUCUGAGCGCUCUAUACAUGGGCCGAAACUGGGAAGACACCAUCGAAGCUGAGCGUCACUCUGACAUUCCCAACGGCCCUGGUCUUGGUCUGUGGUGGAAGCGUGCCAAGGCCCGUUUGACCGAGUCCGUCACUUACUACCAAGAGCCUGCAUUCGAGAAGCUCCUCCCCGAUCCCGAUCCUUCGUUCGAGCGCCCUUAUACUCUCUGCCUGAGCUUGGACGACCUCCUCGUCCACAGCGAGUGGUCCCGUGAACAUGGCUGGAGAAUUGCAAAGCGGCCUGGUGUCGACUACUUCAUACGUUAUCUUAGUCAGUACUAUGAGCUGGUCCUUUUCACCUCUGUGCCGUUUGCUACUGGCGAGCCUAUCAUGAGGAAAUUGGACCCUUUCCGAUUAAUCUUGUGGCCCCUCUACCGAGAGGCUACCAAGUUUGAGGAUGGAGAGAUCGUCAAGGACCUUUCCUACCUCAACCGUGAUUUGAAGAAGGUGAUCAUCAUCGACAGCAACCCCAAGCACGUCCGCAACCAACCCGAGAACGCCAUCAUCCUUGACCCCUGGAAGGGCGACCGAAACGACAAGGAGCUUGUCAACCUCAUUCCCUUCCUCGAGUAUAUCCACACCAUGCAGUACGAAGAUGUUCGCAAGGUCAUCAAGUCCUUCGACGGCAAGCACAUCCCCACGGAAUUCGCCCGUCGUGAAGCCAUCGCCCGCAAGGAGUUCCAGGCCAAGCAACUCGCCCACAAGCAAAAGCACGGCUCCGGCGUCGGCGCUCUAGGCAACCUCCUCGGUCUCAACCCCAGCAACAUGAGCAUGAUGGUCUCCCCCGAAGGCGAGCAAAACCCCGCCGAGGCCUUUGCACAGGGCAAGAUGCUCCAAGACGUUGCCCGCGAGCGCGGCCAGCGAAACUACAUGGAGCUCGAGAAGCAGAUCCGCGAGAACGGCGAGAAGUGGCUCAAGGAAGAAGCCGCCAUGAUGGAGGCGGCCCAGAAGGAAGCUAUGAACAGCAUGAUGGGUUCGUUCAGUGGCAUGUUCGGCGGCAGCCCACCACCUGAGAAGAAGGCCUAG